CUGGUGGAUGCUCCUUACCAGGAGGAAGUUGUUGAUGAAGAACCUGAGGAGCCUGCAGAUAAAAUGCCUGAGGUGCCUGAGGUUGCCUUGCCACAGCCUCAGCAGGGUGCCCCACAGCCACCUGACCUUCCCCUUGGUUUGAUUGAAAAGGUUGAACCUCCGCUGUCUACUGCAGCAAUUAUCAAUUCCCGCACACACCCUGCGGCCUACGCCAAGAUGAGCAGAUUUUGCAAUAAUGCUAAGAAGAUGGUCAAAUUCCCUGAGAUGGGGAAGAUGUGGUCUUCAGGGCAAAAGGAUGUGCUGUUCCAACAGUGGGUGUCAAAUCAAGGUGAUCCGGAUGCAAUCGAGUGCAAAUUGAAGGUUGUUGCGUCCCAAAAGCGGGAAGGUGUCUCCAGGAUGGAACUGCUUACGGUUGCUCAGAUGCGGGUCCGGGGAUUUACCGAGUACUUGGACAGCAAUUUAAACACUGUACACUAGCUGUUCCAUGCUGCGGUCCAUACAUAUUAAUGAUUUUUCUUUGCAUUUUAAGGCAAAAGAUUGAAUCCAUUGUCCGGAGGGGUGGAGGCGUUGCUGACCAAGACUGCCCUACAUCAAUUGAGGACAUGUCAUAUUGGGUGGUGACCAGCCGCAAGCGGACAGAAACAGAAAGCUUGGAGAGAGUCGCUGACCUGACGGCUCAUGUUGAUGCCCAGAGUGCCAUGGGUGUUUUGACAGGCUCAGAUGCUCGACUUGAGAGGCUUACGGGGAUGAGCUUGGAUCCCAGCCAGGCGCCAGCGACCCAAGAUAUCCUUAAAUUUGUCAAAGAUGGCGCUGGCAUCACUCAACCCGCAGGACAGCCUGCAGCAGUGCAGGCCAAGGCAAAGGCAAAGAACAAGGUAGCCAAGGACAAGAAGGAUCAGGGCUUGCUGGCGAAGGUUGAGCAACAGAAGACAGUGGAAGAGCAGGUUGCUGUGAUUCGUGGUGAGCUCAA